CUUAGUUAGUGUGCAUGUGUUGUAUGAGUGUCUGUCUGUGUAUCUGUGUGUGGGAGCGUUUGUACAUGUAUUUGAGUGUGUAGGUGGGUCCAGCAGAUGGGACGAGUGCUGUGAAAAAGCUCAGCACAGUGAAUUUUGACACAUAGAUCGUCCUCUGAGGCAGCACUCCAACAGUGUGUGCAGGCAUAGACGUAUAAGUGCCACUUAAGGGAGCUAGAGAGAAGAAAAAAAAAGCUCUUCACUUUCCCCGUGUGGUGUUUGCAGGAUCGCUUCCGUUUCGCACGGGUAACGCUUUUGAAGUGGUGUUAAAACAUAGUAUCAUACAGCAAAGUGCGAUAGUGCGGAAGAUAAAAUAAACUGUAGCAGCUUCAAUUCAGUGACGGAGGACGACUAUUGUGUGACAGCGCGAGUGUCUGUGUGUGUCUAUGUGUGCGACUAUCCUGCUGGAGAAAUUAAGUGAUUUCGCAUCCAGCGUCGAAGAGGCGCUCGUGCCCUAAGCUAAACACAUAACACGCAUCCUCCGCACAAGAAGGGCGGCUGCAGCCAACUCGUUAACCGAGCUCGGAAGUUAUUCAGUGGAAUUUUCCAUCAGCAAACAGUCACUGCAUAGAAAAAGAUGGCCGGCGGUGGUGAUCCCAAGUGGCAGAAAGAUGCGUCCGAUCAGAACUUUGACUACAUGUUCAAAUUGCUCAUCAUCGGCAACUCGAGCGUAGGCAAGACCAGCUUCCUGUUCCGCUACGCAGACGAUUCGUUUACCUCAGCUUUCGUGUCGACGGUGGGAAUUGAUUUCAAGGUCAAAACCGUAUUCCGUCACGACAAGCGCGUGAAGCUACAGAUUUGGGAUACUGCCGGACAGGAGCGAUAUCGCACAAUUACGACAGCGUACUAUCGCGGUGCAAUGGGUUUCAUUCUGAUGUAUGACAUCACCAACGAGGAAAGCUUCAAUUCGGUACAGGAUUGGGUUACCCAAAUUAAAACUUAUUCCUGGGACAACGCACAAGUCAUCCUGGUCGGCAACAAGUGCGACAUGGAGGACGAACGAGUGAUCUCGUUUGAGCGUGGCAAGCAGCUGGCCGAUCAGCUUGGCGUAGAAUUCUUCGAAACGUCCGCCAAGGAGAACGUACACGUCACGGACGUGUUUGAGCGGCUGGUAGACAUCAUCUGUGACAAGAUGUCGGAGAGCUUAGAUUCCGAUCCAACACUGGUGGCCGGUGGUCCCAAGGGCCAGCGACUGACUGACCAGCCAGGACAGGGGCCACCCAAUGCAAACUGUAACUGCUAAAAGAAGCAACCUCUUCAAAUUUGCUUGCGGGGACUCGCACCUUUCGGGCGCCCGUGUAAGGUUUUUUGGUGUAGCUAAAGAAGAACGCCCCUCCCCCUCCCCCAAACCCCAACUGUAACACAUACGCAAACAAAUAUCCCUACACAGACUCAAACACCUUCAAGCACUCGUUAUGCUUUCCUAGCCGAAAACGGCCCACGGAAGAUCCAGUGUCGUGAACUGUGAACUUCUAUGGCAAAAUACAACACAACAAUGUAGCAAACCGAUUUGAGCAACAGAUGGUGCAGUAUACCGAAGGCGAACACAAACCACUGCUACUGCUGUGGUGUAACCAAACGUCCAACCGUGGGCGACUAUCGAGCAUUGCAGUGAGGUUUGAGGUGGAAGUAUAGUGGAAUAUUUGGAAUAUAGCAACCUGAGUUGUAUUGGAAACAUUAAGAUAUGAGCACGUGUAUGUGUAUGUAACGGACAAAAUGUGGUUUACGGAUGGAUGGGUUUUCAUAGCAAGACGAUGGAACAACACAUUGGUACAUUAACCACUAAACAAAUACAAAACCAGACAAAAAACAACAAUCCAUACGUCUCGUAACUAUUGGGAAGAGAGAACGAGUAAUAAAAAACAAACAAAAACAUCCACUAAGCAGAUAAAAAGGAUAAAAUUAAAUUAAUCCAAUUUAAAAAAAAGCAUACACAUACAGAGACACACACAACAGAAUGAUUAUUAGAAUUUAUUCCGUAAUUUAAUGAAAGUAUAACUUCAGUAAGUGCAGAAAAUAUUCAUAUCGAAGAAAAAACCAAGAACGCAAAUUUGCAAAACAUGAAUACACUUCAUGGUCACUAUGUGUAGCUAUGGGUUAGUCAUUUCAACGCAGCAUGAGAGUAUGUUUAAAAAUGGACCUAGUGGUGAAACAAUAGCGCAGAGUCGGAUAGCAUAAAACGACGCCAUUUUACAUACAAAAAAGUGAUGUUGUUUUGUUGGUUGCAUAAAUCGGUCUAUUAUUGUAAACAUAUUAUCAUUCAGUGUGACAAGUCGCAAAAACGGUCGCUUAAAAGUCGCUUCCGUGUGUCGAUGCGAUAGGUGCGUGAGUACGUGAAUGAACAACGGCAAAACAUAAAUAGGCACAGAUGAUGUAGUGAGUGUAUGAUGGUAAAGGAAAGCACCAUAUGGACGUUGAGGCUGCUAGACCGUUUCCGAUAUUUGGUUUCAUCCGCCUUUCGUGGUUCGUUUUAGCUCGGGGAUUUGAUGAGCCAGCUCUGGUUCCAGCAUGUAAAACCGAGCAAGCACUGCAGAUGUGUAGCUUCAUCCAGCCAACUAGAUCCGGCUUACAUUAAAGACAUGGAUGGCGUGGCGAUCAUUCGAUGCGUUCGUAUAAGGCGAGGGUUUGUAUUGUUUAGAUACGUUGUUUGUAGAGAGUAGCGACAAUAAGCUUAAGGGUGAAGGUAAAAUUCAAAUUCAAUCCCAUUAUUGUUUCACGGAAGGGAGUAUAAGUGGCAAAAAAACGAGUCAUACCCUAACAUGGGUCAUGUUUGAGAGCAAAUUUCAGUUGUACACACACACAAAAACACAAACAGCAUUUUACGCUCAGUUAGGUGAACGUAUACAUCUUAGGAUGUGUUUUAUUCGAACUUCUUUAAAAAAUAACCAUCACAUGUUAUGGAAGCAGUAUUACCAAUGUACAGAAAGUUGUUCGUAGGUUGCCCAUGGUAAAGAGUUCAUUGAUGCGUUUUGUUUCAUGUAAUGUAAUUAUAACAAAUCUGUUGCUUUCAACGCUUUACUUUGUUUAGUUAGAAAAAGAAAAACCAGUAUUUAUGUUGGAACUUCUAGCGGAAUAAUCGGUUAACGAAGCCAUUUUAUUUGAAAGAAGAUCUCAUAAACAAUCACGCCAACCAUAUGCCGCACAACCUCGCGGCACGAACUACUUAUGUUUGGGAAACGAAUGACCAAAAACCAUUUGGAAUAUGUCAUUUAAAUAUAAAUAUAUAUACAUACAUGUGUCAUUAUCAUCCUCACUGUGCAAAACUACACAUCCUCAUAUAGCGUUACGAAGGACGAGUUGUUCAAUGCGGCAAGCGAAACGCGAAUAGAACUUUAUUUUAGUCUAAGUAACAAAUCACAUCGACUUUGAAAAUAGUAUAAGCAUAUUACAAGGUUGAGAUUAGUGCGGAGAGGGUUUGAAGUGAUUCACAAAAAAAAAACAAAAACACUCUACGGACAGGUUUAGUUUCAAAAACUGUAUGCAAACCGAGGCGGUGCAUGUAAUUCAAUUAAUGAACGAUAAUUCAGUGUUAAAAAAUAGCAGAAAACAAACAUUUGACGUAUGUAUGUGUAUACGUUCAUGUUCGAAAAAAGUAUUUUUAUCGUACGUUUCAAAAAAACCAAAUAUGCAUCUACAUGUGCCUACUUUGCAGCUGCAGUGAAAGAUAGAAGGAAUUAUUCAUGUCCCAAUAUGUAGACGUUCCUCCAUAGGCUUUAAUCAACCGGCUAACAUUGAACUCGUUCACUCUCCGCAUGGUGUAAAGUCGUGCAAAAGCAUCGCUACUCCACGCAUCUAUGCCAUGCUACGCGUUCAAAGCAGCGGCAAAGCAUUAUCUUUCUAGCUACACAUUUUAUUCGCAAUUGCAAUGGAAUGCAAUUUGUGAGUUGCGUUUCACCGUACCCUGCAAUCAAGCGGACUCGUUUUUCUACAUAUCUUUUUCGCGCGACCACCACCACACCUCUUAGAAUGAACCUCUAACAAAAGUCUUAUGAAAGUUGUUCAACUUCAACAAGUGUAACUUUGAAAGCUUACCAUUCGGCAACAAUUCCUUCAUUUUCGCCUCAUUGUGCACACUCGCGGUGUGCUGUUGGCAGAAUGAAUCCGACGAUCUGGAUUGCUUUUGAUUAGCACACUGUCUUGUGCUUCUACAUUGGAUCUGCUGCGUUCUUGAGCAACUCACGAGCCCCUAUCUCACGAAAACUAUUAGAACCAGUCGGAUACAAACACAUCGAAAUGUAUCAGAAUGAAA